CAAAUGGCUCCUCGUCUCCUCACAUUUUUUAUCUUGAUGGUGGUGACUCUGGGAGUGAUCGAAGCCCAGUGCGAUUUCUGCAUAACUUAUGGCGGCAGCACCCUGAUUGCAAACUGCGUGAACCAAGCCGGUGCCACGGUGCGCUCGCAGAUUGAUCUAAACACCUGCGUGGGCAACAACAACGGUCAGCUCGACUGCUCGAGCGGUUACUUCCAGUCGUGCGCGGUAUCCAGUACUCGGGCACCACCGUCAGUGCGACGUGCACCAGCGUCUCCGGCCAGGGCAUCUUCUCCACUCGCGACCUUAACAGUUGCGUCCGAAACAGCAAUGGCAACCUCCAGUGUUGCUGAGAAAUUCUCAUAUCUCAUCAAAUAAAUGUGAUGUAGGUUUAAUCUAAGUUUUGGAUCGGUGGCAAUGAGCUUGGAAUG